CUUACAUUUUCUUUUUGUAACACAGACAGUUUCUUGUUUUACAUAUAUCUCUCUCUAUAUAUAAACAAACUUUAAUAUAUAUAUACAUAUGGCUGACCCUAAAGAUCCUUACACUGAACCUAACGCUAUAAGCCAAGCUUCUUCAUCGUCAGUUACUAUUGUCCCAGCUCGCACGUGCGGUUACAGUCUCUCUGGCUCAUCCACGUGGGAACACUCUUGUCCACUUGCUACAACCACCACUGCUACUGUCUCUUUUGCGGCUGCUUCUUCUAUUACAAGUAGUAACGAUAAUGAUACACUAAUGGCCACUCAUGAGGCCAGCUCUAUCUCUCGCCGGAAAAAGCAUCCGGUUUACCGUGGGAUCCGUUUUCGGAGCGGCAAAUGGGUCUCCGAGAUCCGAGAGCCUAAGAAGACGACACGUGUAUGGCUUGGGACUUAUCCAACGCCUGAGAUGGCUGCCGCCGCUUACGACGUGGCGGCUUUAGCUCUUAAAGGCCAAGAAGCCGUCUUGAACUUCCCUGAGUCUGUCGGGAGUUACCCUCUUCCGGCUUCCUCCUCAGCAGCUCAUAUCCGAAUGGCUGCGGCCACGGCGGCUGCUACGGUUGGGGCGGCGGCUGCGGCAGCAAAUGCGGCAGUGAAGGGAGGUGAAAAAGAGGUUGAAGAAGUUGCCGAGGUUGUGGGAUCUUCAGCUAUGGAGUUUGUGGAUGAAGAAGAGCUAUUGAACAUGCCUGGUUUGCUAGAGGAGAUGGCUAAGGGGAUGAUGGUGGCUCCGCCGUGGAUGGGAUCUCCUCCGUCCGAUGAUUCUCCGGAGAAUUCCGAGGGAGAAAGCUUGUGGAGUUAUUAAUGAUUCUGAGUGAAAAUUUGUUUAAUGAUGUGUUUGCUUACUUUUAUGUGAUUCAUCUUUGUUUCUUUAUCCUGAUGUUGAUCGUUUAUCUGAGAUGCUUUGUUAAAUAAAUUGUAUGUUUUUCUCACUUCUUAAGAUUCAAGAAGACAAUUUACUAAUAAUUUUAGUCACA